AAACAAAUAUGUGAAGGCCACUCUGGCUCCUACUUCCCGCUCUCUGCUUGUAAACUAAAGUACAUAUUGAUGUGAUCAUGUCACAUUACCCUUCUCAUCCCGUUUUCACUAGGAAGCUCUGGCUUUUUUGCUUCUUCGUAUUUCAUUGCCCCAUAAAAUCUGCCAAGCAAACCAGAUUUAUAGAUAGAAAAUUCAUUUGUGAGACCUGGGGCUGACUUAAAUGCUGAUUGAUCUUUCCUGGAUAAAGUCAUUUUGCUUGAUUAAUUGCUGUCUUGAGAAAUAGAUUGACUGCAAUAUGAUAAGGCCUUCAAUUUUUUCUCUGUCAUUUCCUUUUUUUUUUUUAAAGCAGUAAGUGUCUGGCAGAUAUCCUAGAACUUUACCCACAGAGAUGCUGCGAGACACCAUGAAAUCUUGGAAUGAUAGCCAGUCAGAUCUCUGUAGCAGCGACCAGGAAGAGGAAGAGGAGAUGGUCUUCGGCGAAAAUGAAGACGAAUUAGAAGAGAUGAUGGACCUAAGUGACCUGCCCACCUCACUCUUCGCUUGCAGUGUCCACGAAGCGGUGUUUGAGGUUCAAGAGCAGAAGGAGAGGUUUGAAGCUCUGUUCACCCUCUAUGAUGACCAGGUCACCUUCCAGUUGUUCAAGAGCUUUCGCAGAGUGAGGAUCAACUUCAGCAAGCCCGAGGCUGCAGCGAGAGCUCGGAUAGAGCUCCACGAGAGUGACUUCCACGGCCAGAAACUGAAGCUUUACUUCGCACAGGUGCAGGUGUCUGGGGAGGCUCGGGACAAGUCCUACUUACUGCCACCACAGCCCACCAAGCAGUUCCUCAUCUCCCCUCCAGCCUCGCCACCAGUGGGGUGGAAGCAGAGUGAAGACGCGAUGCCUGUGAUCAACUAUGACUUACUCUGUGCUGUCUCCAAGCUGGGGCCAGGGGAGAAAUAUGAACUGCAUGCCGGAACCGAGUCUACCCCCAGCGUGGUUGUGCACGUCUGUGAAAGUGAAACUGAAGAGGAAGAAGACACAAAAAACCCCAAACAAAAAAUCACGCAGACUCGGCGCCCGGAAGCUCCCACGGCCGCCCUGAGUGAGCAGCUGGACUGUGCACUGUGAACCCAGCCACUGUCCCUGUGCCUCCUGUUGCUACUGCUGCAUCUGCACUAGAGCACAGCCAGGAGAGGCCGCUGCAUCAUCUGGCAUCCGGGCCAGCCGUGCCAGACCGGAACAUGGGGUGAAGUAGCAGAUGUGGCCAGCUGUUUGAAAUUUUGAACUAUGUUCUAAAUGGCACUUUAAGUGACAAGGUUAGUCCCCACUGUGUGGCAUCUGACUCCUCCCCCAGAAACAUUAGUUCCCCUGAAUGUAUAGCUCGUUGGGUACCAAAGGCCAGAACUAGAAUCACCCAGUAAACUACCAUUUUUCAGAUUUAAAAAUUAGUCUUAACAAUUACAGUAAUUUGGUGUGGGUGUUUUUUUUUUUUACUGGUGUGGUAGUGGCUAACAAAUACAUUAAGCAAAAGCUGAAUGUUACUCAGUAUACAUUACAUGACUAUUUUUUGGCACAAAAAGAAACCUUAGGUACAAAAUCAUUUAUAGAAGCCGUUUUUCUCCAGUAUUUUUUCACUAGCCUUGGGGAUGAAAUGCCAAAUGAAUGAGAUUAUCAGAUCCAAACAGCAUACGCAGACGUGUGCUUGGCUCUCCUCGAUAUCCCUCUUACGGUUGGUGGAGGUGGCGCCCCAAACCCUGCACAGUGCAGCCCUUCCGGGCCUGGGCUCUGCAGGCAGGACGUGUCACCCAGAAGCCUGGCUGGUGCUGAUACACAGUUGCAGCCUGUGGAGCUCCACCCCAGCACUGGCUUGUUGCUGCUUGACUGUGCUGUGUGUAGAUUUGUGGAUGUUAGUCACAAUCUUAAAUUUUAGAAAAUAAUGGUAAGACUUUCUCAAGACCACUUUAAAUUCAGAGGAAUUGUUUCUUUCUUUUCUUUUCUUUUUUUUUCUUUUUUUUUUUUUUUUUUUUUUUUUUUUUGACGACAAGGGUUUCACUUUGUAGCUAGCUGGCUUAACCUCUUCUGUGAUCCUCCUGCCUCAGACUCCCAAGUGCUGGGAUUUCAGGGGAUGAGCCACUAUGCUCUUCAAAUUUUUCCAUUCAAGUAUUACAGCUGUUUAGAAAGAAAACAAACAAACAAAAAACAGUGCUUUUUUGUUGUUUUUUGGAACACUGUAGUCCAAGCUGACCUUGAGUUCAAGACCAUUCUCCUUCCUCAGCCUCUUGAGUCCUGGGAUUGACAGUGUAAGCCCCUGCGUGCUGUUCAUGCUUCCCUUUUUGAUGAAAUUUUCCACCUGGGCUUGCAGCUGGCACUCAGCUAGAACUGUCUCUUGCACUUGAAGGUGUGUUUGAACCUCCAUGUGUCAGUGCAGCCUCACUAGUGUGCGGGGCUACAGUCCCUCUCGCAGAAGGCUCUCCUGCCGAAGACAGCUGUGCUCCAGGCAGGUCAGCUGGCUCCCCUCAGUGUGCUCUUGAAUUGUGUGACAAGUAUCCAGAGCUGCCUGGUACAUAUGAAGGGACUAGACCUACAACUAAGAAACGAACAUGGCAGCUACUGUAAAGAAAGAAAAAUGGAGAAACUGAAGCCGUGAUGACUAUGUUCUUUGGGUGACAUGUUAGGACUGAGUGUCUUUGGUGGUAGAAUGAUUUCUGAAGAUUUAAACUGUAUUGCAGAUGCACAUACAAAUGUCUUCUAACUUGUUGAAAUAGGAUCUCGUAUAGCCCUGGUUGACAUCAAACUUGCUACAUCUCAAGGAUGACCUUGAACUCCUGCUCCUGCCUCUAUCUCCUAAGUGCUAGGGUUGCAGGUGUGCACCACCACACCUAACAACAGAGUUGCCCUUGCCCUCAGAUGCUGAACUCUGUGUGUGUUUGCCAUUGGGAAUCCUCUGUGGAUUCUGUUGAAGAUUACGAUUCCAACUGCACUGGUUUGCUGGAUCCAAAUCCUCAUCUGUCAGGUUAACUGACAGGCUCUCCUUUGCACCAGCUUGACUUUGCAGUUUUGAUCUCAGCAGUUUGCUUCUUUUGUUGCAGGACAGACCCUAUCUGCCAGCAAACAAGUAGAUUUUCAACAGUUGGAAAGUUUUUGUGUUCCCCGUUAUGUAAUACAAUUUCUCUCUAGUUUUCCUAAGUAAUCAAAACCCAGUUUUCAAGUUUGUCUUGGCUUUCAUUUUCUAGCUGCCAACUUAAGAACAUCUCUUUUAUCUUUUCUCUCAAGUCAGGGUUUCUCUGUUUUAGCGCUGGCUAUCCUGGAGCUUGCUCUGUAGACGAGGCUGGCCUUGAACUCACAGAGAUCCACCUGCCUUUGCCUCCUGAGCAUCGGGAGUAAAGGUGUGCACCACCACCACCUGAUCUCACUCUUUUUUAAGUCAAGAAGUACAAACUACUCAUCUCUUUAAAUUUUUUGAGAGUAUUAAAUUGUGUGUGUGUAUGAGGGGGUGUGCAAGGAUAAGGGAAGUCAUUAAACUUUCUUGAAUCGCAAAUAAUUAAUAUUUUCCUCUUUUCUGGUAUAUUAUUUCCAUAAUACAAACUAGAAGAAAAAAUACCAUCUACUUUUUAAUGAAGUCAAUCAGCAUAUCCAGGUGUCUGUUUUUUAUGCCCAGUUCAUGUAGGCAUUUUAUAGCAAAUGAGUCCGAUUCUUUUGUUUGUUUGUAAAAAGGUCUCAGGUAGCACAGGUAGCUGGUCUCAGAUUCACUGUGUGGCCAAGGAUAAUCUUGAAUUCCUGAUCCUGCUGCACCCACCCAGGACUACAGAUGUUACAGAUGUGUGCCACAGCACACAGUUUAUCCUUUAUCUUCUUUCCAGUUCGCAUAGUAAAUUUAUGUGCAUUUUUUCUUUCAAACAGACUGUUUUGUUUUAUUUGGUUUUGGUUUUGAAGACACCAUUUCUCUGUGUAACAGCCCUGGCUGUUCUGGAACUCACUCUAUAGACCAGGCUGGCUCACAGAGAUCUGCCUGCCUCUACUUGGAUUAAAGGCGUGCACCACCAUGCCCAGCUGAAUUAUUUCUUAGAAUUAACUCCACUAGGAGAGUCUGGCAUCCCUCUUUAAGAUCUCCCUGCUGCUUUUUUGGGAGCUCUUUCUCACUUUUCCUUAAGAAAUCUGCAAUUUUUUUCUACAGAAAGAAAUAAACUAAAAGUAACUAUGGUUUCUUCAGAAAUCAAAACCUCUCCAUUGUAAGCAAGCUGUGAGGAAAGAGAACAGGACUUUGUGUUAGGAAAAACCCUGUAAAGGGUAAUGAAGCCAUGAUACUUAGUAGGGCUGACCAACAGGAGUGCAAUAGUUUGGCUCUUAGAUUCUAGAUUUUUCUGAUCACUCAUCUGCAGAACCAAAGAUCGAUCCAUGUAAAGAGGUAGAGAGGCCGAAGGAGCUAAGAACAGCCCCUCAGCUUGGCGAGCUGAAAGUCAGGUAGCCUUACUGCAUCUCUCAAACAUUGGGAAGGGGCCAGGUGUGCUAGAAUGCACUUGUAAUCCCAGCACUCGGGAGGUGGCAGCAGAGGGUCAGGGUUCAAGGUUGUCUUUGGCCAAACAGUAAAUUUAAGGCCAGCUACAUGAUUAAGGCUACAUGAUGUUAUCCCACAAAUGGGGAGAGAAUUACACAGAGAAGACUUAAGUUCCACAUAAAGGUUUACAUAGAUCAUUGUGGCCACUAAAUGGGCAGUUUGAGUUGAGGGGACACCAGGGAACAGGUCAGGAGCAGUUUGUCCCAUAAGAGGACAACUCUUUGCCAUCUUCAUGAAUUCUGUCUCUCAAAAUGUUUGAAAAGUGAGAAUAGAGACUGGUGAGGUUAAAAGGUUUAUUUUAUUUAUGUAUUGGUACAUAUGUACACACAUAUGAGUGCCCACAAAAGCCAAAACAGGGCCUUGGGUCUCCGGGAGCUGGAGACAGUAGUGAGGCACCUGAAGAGAGUACUAGGGACUGAACUCUGGCCCUCAAGAGCCUGAAGCACUCUCACCUGCUGAGUCAGCUUGCCAGCCCCCACCCUGCCUUUCUACAAUGUCAUGAUUGUGGCUGGCCGUGGUGGGAACACCUUUAAUCUUAGCACCGCAGGUGGAUCUCUGAAUUCAGGGCCAGCCUGGGCUACACAGCGAGACCUUGUCUAAAAAAGCAAAUCAGACCAAACAAACAAACGAAAGUUACGAUUAUCAAGUGAAAUGACUCGACUGUCUUACAGUCAAUGUCGCCGACCUAGCACCAGACUUACAUGGGAGUGUUCAGCGCAGUGGGGACUGUGGUUGGCCUUCCCUAUCCUUCCAUGUCUUUUCAUUGCAUUGAGCACUUAAAAUACGGAGGAUACUUCUCCCUGUCACACAGAAGAGUGGGAGGCUCAGCAGCGGCUUGGGAGCUUUUAAUCAGCUUGACCGUGGCUUGUAUUUUUAUCGCCAUUGAGCUGUGGGGUUAGAAUCUGCUCACACAGUGUCGCCUUGGUCACUAGUGGUUGUGUUAGCACUUUGUGUGGGCUUCCCUGGACAGUCACACUCAUGCAGUGAAAAUGUAAACAGUCGUAAGACAGGACCCGGGAAGAGAAUGAGGUCAUGUGCAUAGAGUGAAAAGUUUGCUGUGGGAGUCCCUCUCCCUCUGUGCUUAGAAAAUCACAUUCUAUUCAAGACUAAAGAUGGACGUUGGCUUUAUAUUUUUAUGUGGACUAAUUUACAGACUCAAGGAUUUAUUUUUUAAAAGGAAGGCUUUAUGUAUAGUUAUCAAUGGAAGUGUAUGUGAUUCUUUGAUGCCUGGGGUUCAUGCCUGCCAGCUUGCCCUCUCCUCUGUAGAGCCCUGGCCCUCACCUGUCACAGGUGAGCUUGGCCACCUUCCCCCUCUGCCUGUGUUCCUUAGUACAUCUGUAUUAAAGAAAACAAACUGCCUGGGGGUGCUGGCGCAGGCCUGGGAUCUCAGCCUUCAGAAGGUUGAGACAAAAGGAUUGAGAGACUGACACUAGCCUGGGAUACAAGCAAAACCCUGCCUCAAAGGGGGGGAAAGGAUACUUUCCUUUUCUUGGUGUGACAGUAUAGAGGAACAGCUGUCCUUGGAAAAUAGUUGCUUCUAACCAAGAAGUCCAUGGGAAGAGUAAGUUCUAUGGACCCUAACCACAUGAAAGUGACUGUUAGUGUUUACACUCCCCUUGGAGUAUGGGUCUCCAGGGCCAUCCUCUUCCUCGGUGUGCCACUGUGUCCUUCACUCUUGGACAGAGCAAAUGUGAUCGUUGAGAGUCCGGGUUACCAAAUGUAGUCAUGCACAGUGAUGUAUGCCUGUCAUCCCAGCACUUGGAAGGCAAAGGUAGGAGGAUUAUUGCCAGUUUAAGGCUAGCCUGCGCUAUCUAUCAGACUCUAUCUCAACAACAGAAGGGUCACUGGGUGUACACACAGCCCAGGAGCAGAUAAGAGCAACAGUUGGGUCUCUGGCCAGGGCUGAGAACUUGUCCUGUUCCCUGGAAGGUUUCUGGUCAAGGCUGAGAAGUGACCUCAGGGAAGUAAAUAUGCAGAGUCCUGCUGACUUGGAUUUGUGCUUUCUCUUGGAAGCCUGCAACUCUUGAAGAGGGUCCUGUGACCCUUGGAGCUCCCACAUGGCCUUGACUGAGUGUGCACUCUUGUCAUAGGGAGGAUUUAUUUCCUAUCUAUGCAGAUAAUUCAUGUUUUUCUGUGUUGUUCCCUGUUGGUCUCCAAUCUUCCUAAGUCAGAUUGAGGACUAAGGAGAGUCACAGGACUAAGGUGUCAGUCCUGUGACUGCCAUACCCUCUGCUUUCGGCCCCUGAGUGUUUAUCGCUGUCACUUGUAUGCCAUUUGCAUCUUUGCAGUGUGAGAAAGCCUCACAGCCAUUGUUCUUUGUUCUUCAUAACUAACCCUGCAGCUGGGUUUAUUCCUGAGUCUGGGCUUGUCAAUAAUCUCCCUGGUCCCGUGCGCUGUAGUGAAUACUCGAUGCACUUGUGAAAAUGGUUAGUGAUUUUCGUCCGUGUGUCCCAUGUUUGACACACUAGUGCUUGACAUGAUGGGCCAUAGUUCAUUUCAAGCUUCAACUGUCCUGUAUUCUGAGGAUCUCUAAACAUUCCUUGUCCUGUGAGGUGACAAAGCAAAAUGUAAUUUGGAGGACACUUUGCAAUUACCUGUAACAAGUUGUUUUGAUGUUGAAACCAAUAAAGAGUUGUUGUUUUUUUAA